UCUUUCUUCGCCUCUCUUUCUCUGCUCUCUCCUCUUCAUCUCUCUCUCUCUCUCUGUUAUUUCCAACGUUGUUAUUCUCAAGCCAGUGGGUUUUACCCUUAUUCUCACUCAUAAAAAAUCAUAUUUGAUAGCGUGUCAUUAUAUCCUGCCGCUUUUUUCAUGGUGAAAUUGAUGGUGAAGGAAUGAGUUUUAUCUUAUACUUUAAGCUUUCCGAAAGUUAUGCUAAGGAACUUCCUUCUCAUUUUCAAGAUAACAUCAGAAGGGUAAUGGAUGAUGAAGUGGAAAAAGUGAAGGCUUUUCCAACAGAUGGUACUGUUCCCUAUAGGGAACGUUUGAAGAUAUUAUGUCGUGUAGAAAAUGUGGAGGACCUACGGUUAAGUGCAGCAGAGAGGAAGAUUAUGCAUGCCUACAAUGAAAAGACUGUUCUUUCACGUCCUCAACAUGAAUUCUAUAAGGGUAACAAAGCUGAAGAACUGGCAGAAGAGGUCUUAUAUUAUGUACGGUUAAAUGAAAUCGACUAUGUGGAUUAUCAGCAACUGGGAUUGCAAGGAGAUCCCCUUGAAUAGGUGCACAAACAGUGUAAUCCACAGGAUAUGGCAAUUAAAUAAAGUUAUUGUUAGCUCAUUUGUGUAUUUGCUUGUGCCUCCAUAUCUCCCCUUUCUCCCAGUUGAUAGAGUUUUCAGCGCCUCGUAAUGUAUUAUGAGGAUAUACAAGUAGCUGAUUUCAUACAGGAACGGAGCCUCAAGCCGGUUCGGCAAA